GCCAGGCCUCGCGCCGCCACCGCAGGAGACACAACCGCAGGGCUGGAUGUCCUGGCUUUUCGGCGGACGCCCGAAGGAGGCCGAAAACGAGGCGCCCGUGAUUGGUUCACAAUUCCUGGUGCCUCGCACGAUGGGAGCGCCUCCUGCUUCGAACGAGACCUCACCUUUCCCGAUGCCCAUGGGCGUAUCUGAGCCCAUGCUGAUGCAGAGGGCACCGCUGGGUCCCGGCGCACCCGCUUUCGGCAACACAAUGCCUCCAGAACAAAGGUAUAUGGAGCAGCAAAUGAUGCCAAUGGAGCAGCAGAU